CCACGGGAAAAGUUCUCAAGACCAGUCACCUAUUCCUGAGACACGCCCAUAACUACACCUGGGGGAGGAGCCAGGCCACAAGCCACGCCCACCGCAUGUUCUAGCCGCUCCCACGGGCUGUUUUGUUUACCCAGACCUAGAUGUCAGGAUUCGGUCCUGAGCCCGACAGCGUUCCUGGUGGGCGGGGAGUAGAGUGUUUCCGCCCGGUGAUUGGAGGACGCGGUCCGCCCCGCCCAGCGGUUCGGCCUAUCCCGGUCCCCGGGAGCCUCACCCCUUUGGACCCCGGAGCCGGAAGUGACGGCGGCCGCUCAUGGCUCCGGUGUCCGGGGCCCUGGGCUCGGCCCGUGGGCGGUACCGGCAGAGCCCGGUCGGAGGCUGGGGAGGGCUUUCAGGGCAGCGGGACGGGUCUUUAGGAGGCGUGCCCGGCGCAACCCCGCGGACGAGGCGCGGGAGGCCGGGGGCUCUCGGCACGGACGGGUGCGUCCCUUGCGCGUCCGCGUACCGGGCCCGGGCGCAGGGGACCGCGGAGGAGCCGUGGCGGCCGCCGAAGUCCCGGCGACCCGCAGGCGCCUCCGCCGGAACCGGAAAGCGCUUCAGACGGGAGGGGGACAGCGGGAGCGGGGCCGUUUCCGGGGCGUGCUCAGCCGAGCCUAGCGGAGGCCCGUGCGGGGCGAGGGUCCGGGGUUGGGGACGCGCUCGGGGCUCCGUGUCCUGUGGGCCUGACCGAGCCCGAACGCUGUCGGGGAGACGAGGCAUAGCGCGGAGCCCCCGGGGCGCGCCGUGCGACCCCGGCGUGGAGGCUGAGGACCGGGCCGCGCGGCGGUGGCUGCGCGCUGGGUCGGCAGGAACGCGCCAUGGCUGCCGCCCUUCGGCCGCGGGGCUUGGGCAGGGCGGCCGUGGUCCGUGCUGUCCGCCGCGUCUCGGCUGCGGCACGGCCCCUCGGCUCUCGGGGGGACCGGGCGGGGGAGGAGCCGAAGCGCUCGGACCGGCUGUCCGCGUCUGGAGCCGCCGCCGUCGCACCCGUGCGGACCGGACAGACGGAGCGCCCCGGAAGCACUCAGUAGGGGGCCACACGGGAGUCCCGGCCCGCGCGGCGAGGGCCGCUGCUUCGCGCAUCGCGGCUGCCGCGUCCUGCGCAGGAGACGGGCCGCUCACAGGCCCGCCGGCGUCCAGCACCGACCCGGGCAAGGCUGGGCCCGCCCAAGCCUCCCUCCGCGUCCGCGAGCCUCAGCCCACAGCCCGGGACGAGGCUUCCCUCGCUCCCUCUUCCCGCCGGGCCCCGCUGUCUGCGAGGUCGUGCGCGCUCUGGCCGCCCGAGGGACCCGCGGCUGUGCUCGCGCGGGGCGUUCCUGCGGCCUCUGCCCGGGCACGCGGGGCCCGGGCUGGUGCGGAAGGGCUCGGCCAUUGCCGCGUGGUGGUCCUUGUACCGGAGCGGCUGGGUGUCCGCAGUCCCCGGCACCUGCGGAAGGUGCGCAGUGAACCCCCAAAUGGCGAAACCUCGUUGUUGUCAGUGGUGCAUGUGGACGCAGCGAGGUUCGAAGACGCCGGUUUCGUUCUUGAAUCCGUGUUCAGGGCGUUUAGAAUACUCGUCGGUACGUUCUUUAACGGGAAGUAGUUCAAGCAACGGAAAGCUCGGAGUCUAAUACAACAGAUUCCCUAUAUUUGCCGCCCAGAUUAAUAAAAUCUAACCGAGGCGUUCCUUUUUUUUUUUUUUUUUAAAGAUUUUAUUUAUUUGUCAGAGAGAGAGGGAGAGAGAGCGAGCA